AUGACAAGAGCUACCAAAUCUAUAAUGGAUUUUUUGAAGUUUGAGUCAUUGUUAGUUGAAAGCGCAAAAUCAAUUCAAGAUUUUAUAUGGAGUGGAGGUGAUGAAAUUGAAUCAUUUAAGAAAAUGACAACACGUAUGAUCCUUACUCCUACAAAAGACACUGAAGAAACUGAAAACAAGAAAAAAGAAACGAGUUGUUUCAUAAUUAAAAUGUGGUUAUUUUAUAAUGGUCAUCCAUUCCAGUAUAAACAUUUACCAGAACGUGAGGCUCAGAAAAAGGAAAUAUUGAAGUUAGAGAUCAACUCCUUAAAAAGAUUUUCAAACCUACAAUCUGAAAGAAGGUAG